ACUGAAGUUAAGCCUGACCAGACAUAAGAGGCAUUAGAACAGACGCCAGCUACAAUUAGACUUUGGUUUGAGCGUAUGCAAAUCUCAGCUCGAUCGUAAAACCAUUUUGAGAAAACCCAAACUGAGGUUCAUUAAUGAACAGUCGUCAUAAAAUCAGGCCUACGUACGCCUGAGAAUUCAUUCAUUUAAUUAGGCAGGUAUUCACAAUAUACACAACAGUCGCAAUAGUCACAGACAAUCGACGAGGUGCUGGAAGGGUAUUGCAAAAUCAGAUUUCCAUUUCAUGUAAUUAAAUCCGACUAGAAAUGGCUAUCGCUCCCUCCGCCGGACAGCCGCACGGAUAGCAGGAGAGUUUCACCGGAAUACAUGUAAAGCAAAAGAAAAGCAUAACACCUGCAAAAGGUAGCAAGUGAAUUUGCGAUUCGGCGGAAGUACGCAAAAUUCGAAUCCGCAGCAAGAUACAUAUAUUCUGAAAAAAAAAAGAAAAACAUCAAGGUGAACAGCAUUUGUAAGGAAAGAAAUUAGAAAAUGAAUUACUAUGACGAAGAGAUCACAAUCAGUGGGUCAGCGGAUGGCAAGCACCUGAGCAGGGUGCCAAUGGAGCGCCAGUCGAGCCGGGCGAGCGGAGGAGCAGCAACUCGAGCAGAAGGCAGGCAGCGGAAAAUGCAAAUGCAGGGCAACUCCGCGGACGACGAUGGCCUGCUGCAAGACAUCAUUGACCACGACGAUGAGGGCGAUGAUAGCGACAACGAUGACGACGAUGAUGACGAUAGCGAACUGCAGUUGGGCGGCACGGCGGCGUCCGGUUCACGGCCACUGACGCGUCCGGGCAGCGCACGGAAUGUGCAGCCAAUGGCCAUGGGUGAUGACCAGCUAAGCUUUGGUAGCUCGGAUGAGGCAGCCGGAGAGCUGACAACAGGCGUCAAAUUACUGCAGCAACAAAAAAAGCUGCCACAGCCACAGACGCAGCAGCGGUCCAGCUCUGGGCGGGAGCAGGAGAAAGGGACUACGUUUGAGCUGACGCCGGAUAAGUGGGAGCAGCUUCCGCUGCAACCGGAAUUGAAGGAACUAUUUCCCUACAUACUCAAGUAUACGCCGCAAACGAUCGACACGCCCUACCACCUGCAGCCCUUUGUGCCGGAGUUUGUGCCCGCCGUGGGCGAUGUAGAUGCCAUGCUGAAGGUGCAGGCGCCGGCUCUGCUGCAGCCCCAGGCGCCGCGUCAGCGCGAGCUGGAUGAGCAGCUGCAGCGCCUGGGCCUCGUGCUGCUGGACGAGCCAUCUGGCGCACAGAGUGAGCCCAGCCUCCUGAACAUGAAGCUGCGUUCGGUGCUGAGUGGCAGCCGAGCCGGCAAUUCGCGCCAUGCCGCUCGCUCGGCGACGCAGGUGCCCACCGCAAAGACGGCCAAGGAUAUUGAGAAGUGGAUUGCUGAGGUGGAGCAGGUUCACAUGACGCAAUCCAUGUACGACGCACAGCCCAGAAAGGACAUCGACGCCCUGCUGGAGAACUGGCCCCGCUCCUUUGGCACCCCAGCCAGCAAGGAGGCUGUCGACGAGGCCUAUCGCGCCUGUCUGCAGCAACAAAUCUCGCUGGUCGAUUACGUUCGGGCGCUGUGCGAACACUUCGGUGUGGAGGGGCCACUGGAAACCCAAUCGGAUUACAUACACAAUAUACAGACGCUGUUUGCCCUCUACCUGGCCGCCAGUCAGGCCUGGGAGUAGACGCAGCAGUUUAUGGAGGUCUUGCACUAAUAACGCUAAUGGCUUCGAUUAAGUGACAGCCAGACGCCGUUUGUUUGCCUUUGUGCGGGAUGUGACCGCUGUUUGGCCAUUAAAUCGACUGGAAAGCACCUUACUCUUUCACUCUAUCUGUAUCUCUAUGUCUAUGGCUAUCUUUGUCUCUCUUGGUUCAAGUUGAUGCUGGGGUUGGGAGCUUUACGUCCGCUGCACUUUGUACUGCGAGUUCCGUUUUAU